AUGGCGCCUUCUUCGUCUUCGUCUUUUUUACCACCACCCUUCUCAUCGUCGAUGCGUUCGUCGUCGUCGAGGAGGAAGACCACGAGCUUGUGUUGUUCUUGUUUUCCUCCAAAAGGCGACGGGAUGAUGACGACGACGACGACGGAAACGAGAUUCAAGACGACGAGUGGAAGAAGAAGAAGAAGAAGAACAACAACAACAAAAACGGCGACGAGGAGGAGUAAUAAUACCAAUAAAACGUUCUCUUCGCUCUCCUCCUCUUCAUCGAAAACGGCAAAGGAAACCAACGGAAAAGAAAAAGAGCUCUCUUUAUCGAAGGCACAACCGAGCACGAGUGGACGAGAAGAAAAGGGAGGAAAAGGAGGAGGAGAAACGUCAAAGUUCCCGCCGGAUCACAAAGUGUUCCGAGCGAAGAAAACGAUGCGAGUUCCCGUGAAAGAAAGAAAAGAAGCGUUAGAAAACAAAGCCUCCAUCGAACACUGGCUGAAAGACCCGAACGAAUCCCUGGGCGUGGUGUUCGAUCGAAACGAAAGGUUGUCCGAGGACGAGUGGAAAGUCUUCGUCGCGUCGAAGAAAAAGAUUGCGUUUUGGGAGCUCUCUCCGGCGUUUACGUUGGAGAUUUUGCCAGACGAGACAGAGUUCGGGAAACAGGCUUUUCGAGGGUUUGAUUUGAUGCUCUGCGCGGACGAAGACGCGGAGGAGUGCGGGUGGGUGAACGACGUCUCGGUCUUCGCGAACAUUUUUUGCCAGUUGAGAGUCGACCGAGACUUUGCGGAGGACGAAGGAAAAGAAGAAAAGAAAAACAACAAAAAUAAUACUAAAUACGUCACUCCAAUCGUCGUCGCGGACGUGGACGUCACCAUCGCCGCGUUACUCCCGUCUUUCGUCAACGCCAUCCCGGGUUUUACCAACAUCGGCGAAGCCUCCAUCGCCGCCUCCAUCGAUUUCGCGAGAGACGGCGCCGCGAAAAGAGUCCAGACGGCGUACGACGGUUGGGUGGAGAAGAAACUCGGAAAAGUUAUUGUUUCUUCUUCUUCUUCUUCUUCUUCUGACGACGAUUCAGACGACGACGAUUCAGACGACGAGGGGACCUCCUCUCUGCUUUUUUAG